ACUUCGCUCACUUCCUAUAAACAAUCAGUAGCUAGCCAUGAGGGCCCUUCUGCUGUCCUUAGCCAUUCUCUUCAUCCCCCUGGUUCAAGGGCUCAGCCCCAGCUGCAAUAUUCAAGACCAGGGCUCAACCCUCCAAGUCAUCAAUGUUAAUAGUCCAUGUUCCCCAUUCAGGCCUAAAACACCACUCUCAUGGCAAGACGCUGUCCUCCAGAUGCAAUCCAAGGACAAAGCCAGGCUCCAGUACUUGUCCAGCCUGGUUGCUCGCAAGUCCAUUGUCCCUAUUGCGUCCGGAAGGACGAUUACUCAGAACCCAACCUACAUUGUCAGGGCCAAAAUUGGAACCCCUCCUCAGAUCCUGCUCUUGGCUGUCGACACCAGCAAUGAUGCUGCUUGGGUUCCAUGCACUGGCUGCGUAGGCUGCUCCUCCACCGUCCCAGUGUUUGAUUCGGCGAAUUCUACCACUUUUAAGAGCGUGGAUUGCAGUGCAGACCAGUGCAAGCAGGUACCCAAUCCGACAUGUUUAGGCACCACAUGUGGCUUCAACAAGACUUAUGGUAGCUCCACCUUUUCCGCCAACCUCGUGCAGGAUACCCUCAUCCUGGCUACCGACCCCGUCCCAAGCUACGCCUUCGGCUGCAUUCAAACUGCCACAGGCAGCUCCUUGCCGGCACAGGGUUUAUUGGGGUUGGGCCGAGGCCCACUUUCUCUAUUGUCUCAAACAGAUAGUCUGUACAAGUCCACAUUCUCGUACUGCUUGCCCAGCUACAAAUCCACCAGUUUCAGUGGAUCACUAAGAUUGGGACCCAUCGGUCAGCCCAAGAACAUCAAAUAUACACAGUUGCUUAAAAAUCCAAGAAGAUCAUCACUCUAUUAUGUGAAUUUAAUGGCAAUUAAGGUUGGAAAUAAAGUUGUGGAUAUC